GCCACUUAGUAAAAUCGAUCGCAAAAAAGGAAACAAUUCAGUUGAAUGACUGUUGUUGUUGUAGCGCAGCCCGAGUGUAUGAAGUUGCACACAAAGGCUUGCCUGUCGGCCUGUCUGUCCGCAUACCUAUUUACUGCUCGAUGGCUGACGUUCUUCAGCAGACUCUCCACACGGGUUCGUGUGUGUGUAAUGGUGGUUGUUGAUGACUUUUGUUUGUUUGUUUGUUCGUGUGUACAAUGCAUUGACUGCAUUGCCGUUGGUUGGCCUGGCUGCCGGGCCUAGCUGCCUGAGCUGGGCUGAUGCGUUGGUUGGUCGACAGGCUGACUGGUUGUGGCUUCUUGGCGUACACGGCUACUCGUUAGUUGUUGAUGACACUUCAGUUUGAAAAGUAUACGCGGUCUCAAUUCGAGCAGCCAAAUUCGAAUAGUACUCGAACUGAAGAGCUCAAACUAUUAUCAGUUAGUACGCCCACUAAAAGCACGGCGUUUGAAAGCGUGAAGGAAAUCAAAUUUCGAAAGUUACUAAACAUUGAUUUUGUAGAAAGCCUAAAUGAAGUUGUUAAAAGUUAUGUCGAAUAUACAUCAAAAGUGCGAAUUUUGUGAGUGAAAUCCGGUCGUUGGACCAUAUUUACCUAAAGUGCUCAUUAAAACAGUGAUCAGCCAAACAAAGAAAAGUUAAUUACACGCGAACCACCAGACGUCCUUGACUAAUUAAGCGGAAUAAUACGCGAAAGUCUACCUGUAGUCUGGCAGACCCCAACAAGUUAUAAACUAUUGACACAAAGAUUACUUUACUGUCGCAGCCGCGUACCGCCAACAUCGUCAAAGUGGCUGAGAAACGCAAACGCACGCCGUCGCCGGGACGGCCACCGCGAUCACCGCUGCACCGACGGAAAUCGCUGGAAUCGCUCUCCUCCAGCGCCGCCACGCCACCACCCUCACCCUCCAAACCGCGCAGCGCUUUGCCCAUAGCGCGACGCAGCUCACGGACACCCACACCGCCCACACUACCGCCACCGCCACGCACCUCCACACCGACACGCGCCACAUCGCCCACAGCAUCAGCGACCCCAACAAAGGAGCGGCAUCAUUCGCCUAUCGGUGCCGUGCCCAUGUAUAGUUCAGCGACAGUUACGCCCACCUCGAUCGCGGAUCAUUUACGUCUGCCCACAAACGCAGCAGCGGCGGCUGCAUUCAGUUCCUUUCCUUCGUUGCACAGCAUGAGCAGUUUGAUGGUACCGUCCGCGGCUGCUGCGGCCGCGGCGGCGGCUCCUUUCCUGCCUUGGUCACCGAUACUACUGCCACCGUGGGGACAUCCGCUCUUACCCGCGUUCUAUCCGGCGGCUUUGCGUAGCGCGUUACCGGGUCUCUUCGACACGAAGGUGCCGCCCUCGCAACGCUCCUCCGGCUUUCACAUAUCGGACAUACUCAAUUUGGAUGGCAGCGAGCUGAAGAAUGGCGUCGUACCCCCACAUGCCACAGCCGGUGGGCCACACAGCCAAACGGAUAUUAGCCAACAUGCGCAGCAGCAGCAUCAUGCCACCCACCUGACACAUCAUCAUCCCCAGCAUCUCAACAACAACAAUAACACCAGCUUACACAACAACAACAAUAGUAAUAGCAAUGGUGAGGCACAUAGCGCACACUUAACACCGCCGGCAUCAGUUUUAAGCGGCACCGGCGGUACGAGCAAUACCUUAACGGUACCCACCGAUGAUCAGACGACACAACAUUCCGCUGGUACCACACCAACCCCAGUAGCUGGUGGUGUCGUCAAUGGCACUGAUGCUAACGGCCAACCGGUCGCAGCACAUCAUCAAAGCUCCGCGGCUGUGGCGGCGAAUGCGGCUUCAGCACAAGCCACCGCUCACCUGAUAGCUAGUCAUCACAACGCCGUGGCCGCGGCAGCAGCCGCCGCUGCUGGUCAAUAUUUGCCAAAGAACUUCACCAGUUUCAGUGAUGAAUUGUCGUCGUAUCAUCAAAUGACGCACACAGUGUUGGCGCAUCCGGCGCGUAGCGCGUGGAUUAAGGAGAACGAGCUUUAUGGCAUGCAACAGCCCGCCAGUCCUGACAGCACCUCACCACACACCUCGGAAGUCUCCUACACCUACAUUGGCUCAAAUUGUCAGACCUCGCCUGCGCUCUCUGGCGAUUACAAAACCUACAGUCGUUCCGCCGAAAGCGAUGCGCUCUCCGUCGGCGAUGCGAAUUCGUUGCAUAUGCAAACACAUCCUGGCUCCGCGGCGCACCAACAGCUCCACGCACAUCAUCAGCAGCUGAACAAAAGUAUGCCGGGGAGUGGUGGAGGCGGUGGCGGCGCAGGCGCGGACAAUACCAGCGCCGGUGGCUCUUCCUCCAACCCGCACGACGACAGCCUCAUUGAGGACGGCAUCGAAGAGGACAUCAUGGAUGAUGAGAAUGACGACGAGAACGGCGGUAAUGGCUCAGGCAACGGCGCCGACGGCAUGCCGAAUAAGAAACGCAAACGACGCGUGCUCUUCACCAAAGCACAAACCUAUGAAUUGGAACGACGUUUCCGGCAACAGCGUUACCUAUCGGCGCCGGAGCGUGAGCACCUCGCCAGCUUGAUACGUUUAACGCCAACGCAAGUAAAAAUCUGGUUCCAAAAUCAUCGCUACAAGACGAAGCGCGCACAAAACGAGAAAGGCGUCUAUGAGCAUCAUCCCGCCAUGCAUCCGCAUCAUGCAGCCGCGCUACCCUCACCACGACGCGUAGCCGUACCCGUUUUAGUGCGAAAUGGCAAACCAUGCUUGGCGGAUGGCACCAAACUGCCGCAGGAUUGUAUGACGCAGCAAAUGCAGAAUGCCGCAGCAGCGCACAAUUUGGUGUUACAUGCGAAUGGCGCUGCCGCGUAUCAACAUGCGGCCGCGGUAGCGGCAGCAGGUCUUCACGCAGCUCAUGCGCACUCCCACCAGCGACCAUGGUGGCCCUAAUAUUGUUGAGAUCUAGUGGAUCGGAUGUGGCGACGUGGAACUGGUGGCGCUAGUGCAGUGUGAACUAAGACAACAGUACUUGUAUGUAAUAGCAGCAAUAACAAAAGCGUUUUGGGUGAUAAUUUUGUGAAAGCUUCAGCGGAUAUAAUAUGAAAGCUUUAUCGAGCUGGAAUUUGUGAAAGGACAAACUUAUAAAAACUUCAAUUUGCGAGUGUUUCAUUUUGUGAAAGCUUCAUUUUGUGAAAGCUCAAAUGUUAUGAAAGCUCAAAUCGGUGAAAGCUUCAUGUUACGAAAGCUCAAAUCGGCGAAAGCUUCAUUUUGUGAAAGCUCAAAUCGGUGAAAGCUGUCGCGUAAAGUAAUAUUGGCCGCAAACCAUAAAUUUUUGAGACAGCAGUUAAUUUUUUAGCGGCGCUACUCGAAUAUUGGACAAUAAUUUGAAAUGGCCAGAAACGUACACACAAAAAUUACAGUGUCGUAUCGGCAGUCUCUGUGGUGCAAUAAAAUUAAUAGAAAACUUAAAUUUCGUAAAAAGUGAAGAGACGCGCCAUUUUGAAAAAAUGUAAAUAAAUUUGACAAAUUGUAUAUAACAAUAAAAAUGUUUUCCUGUUAAAAAUUUAUUGUAAAUAACUGUAUUGGAAUAGUGUUAUAUUAUAGCAAAAAUUAAAUAAACUUUUUAUAGAAACCACAAAAUUUCCGCAUUUACGCGCUUCUAAAAUUGUUUCA